UUUUGUUGUUUUACACUCUGAGUUCAUAUUGCUCAAAUGUCCGUGGUGGUUCCAAAUACCAAACCCACACUCAUUGACCAUAUCCUGCCCACAAUAACCUGAAAUAAAUGUGAAACCAAGUUCUGAGUACUCACCAGAGAGUGUCCAAAUCCAGCUAGCCUGUGAGAAGUCCUGGGGUGACAUGUCUGAGAGUAAAGCCAAGAAGAUAGAAAUCAAGGACGUGGAUGGGCAGACUCUGAGUAAGCUGAUUGACUACAUCUAUACUGCCGAAAUUGAGGUGACUGAAGAGAAUGUCCAGGUGCUACUCCCAGCAGCCAGCUUGCUGCAGCUCAUGGAUGUCCGACAGAACUGCUGUGACUUCCUGCAGUCUCAGUUGCAUCCCACCAACUGCCUGGGCAUUCGUGCAUUUGCAGACAUGCACACCUGCACUGACCUUCUGCAGCAGGCCAAUGCCUAUGCAGAGCAGCACUUUCCAGAGGUGAUGCUGGGGGAAGAGUUUCUUAGCCUGAGUCUGGACCAGGUGUGCAGCUUGAUAUCCAGUGACAAGCUGACUGUUUCUUCGGAAGAGAAGACACGAAGUUCAGCUCUGCCCAUCAAUAUCCUCAGUGAUGCAGGGGGCAGGGUAAGCAACCAUCUGGGACAAACGCAUUCUAAACAAAGAGAUAGGACUCUUGUGUUCUAG